GACAGGGGGCUCUGGCAUGCAGCUUUCGAUCGCGUAGUACAAUGAAUAACGGCGCCUGGACCGGCUGGGAAAGCCUCACGCUCGGCGCAUUGUCAGUAGUUCAACAAGUGCUCUAUGCAUGUUAACUUCAUACUUGCGUGUCUCAGUUUGCCUCAGUUUUUGUCACUGAAACCCUAUGCGGGGAACACGUUAACCCCCCAUUGAAUUUUAUCUUUAACUGAUACCUUGAUUAUUGAUGCUACUGUAUAAAUCACAGCCAGCGCGCUCAGCGGUAGCGACCGGCUCGGCCAGCUUAAAAGGGGGCUCACUAAGGCACAGAAAAUGAGCAGAAAGGGUCGGUAGCGUUGCAACGAUGGCAUUUUGUUGUUUUCGGGGUAGCGGCGCAAAAUAUGCCGACGUUGGCGCGCUGCCCACUGGCCCACCGAGCACCGUUUCUUUGCCGGUGCCGGCAAGCAAGCAAUUGGGGGAGGCGCUGAGUGCUAAGAAAUCGGCGUCACAGCGCGAGGUGUCGUCUCGACAACACACGGGCGAUGCAUCCUCGCCAAAUGCUGAGCGGCGUGUGCUUGAGGAGCUGAUGACGAUGAGAGCGGUGGCCGCUCUCCGAUGCCAGCUCGCUACGGUGAACGUGGGCGGUUGGCUGUCGAGGUGCGGAGCGUGGGUGGAGAGCGUACGCUCCGCCUGCAGCCCAGCCAUGCACGCGAGCCUCUUCGCGGCCGCUCCGUGCGGCACGGUGCUCGUGUCCCUCGGCAGCGCUUGCCCCGCCGCCCCCACCGCCUGCAUCCCCGCCGGCCACGUGCUGCCGUCGCCCUGGCCGCACAGCGCCAGCAGCGGCGCCGGCGGCGCGCUGCCGGCAGGGAUGCUCAGCCCCGGCGGCGGCGGCGGCCGUGCCAGCAGCGGGCUCUAUUUUGUGGGAGGCGGCAGCGCCGCCAUCGUGACGGCGGCGACACACGCCAGCGGCGGCGGCGGCACGGGCGUGGGCGGCGGCGGCGGCAUUGGCGUCUCGGUUGAGGCCCGCAGCAGCAUGCGCAGCGCCAUGUACAGCGAGAUGGGGGUCAUGACCUGGCUGAUUCCUGCAGCCGGCACUCCCAUUGACGGCGGCUUCCAACACGGCGGCGGCGCCGGCCAGCGCGCCGGCGCACACAGCCUGUUCGCCGGGUUCGCCAACGGCGGCGCCGGCAAGCCCGCGCACACAUCGGGCAUGGGACCCCACUCCCCCAGCGCCGCCGGCGCACUGCCCAAUGCGCACGCCACGCCGGCGCCGGCCGCGGCGCCGUCGCCGCUCAGCGGGCACUUCAACCACCCCGGCGGCACCAACCCGCGCCGCACGCCGUCGGCGCUGCACAGCAACGGCACCACCAGCACCGCCGCCGACGUGGCGCCGGGCAGCAGCAUGGGGCUGCUGGGUGGCGGCGGCUGUGAGCUGCCCCACGAGUGGCAGGAGGUGUUGCGCAACAUCGGUGCCGACCUGGCGCUGGCAGCGGAAUCCAUCGACGUCGUGCCGCAGGCGCCCGCCGGCGGGCCCAGCGGCGGCGCCCGCACGCCCAUGCCUCUGCCGUCGCUGGUGGAGAUGGCGGCGGCGCGCGGCAAGGACCAGCCAGGCCUGGCGGCAGCGGCGGCGGCGGCGGCGGCCGCCGCAGGCCCCACGCCGCAGAUGGCGACGCUGGUGCCGAUCCGCCUGGGUCAGGACACGGUCGGGGCGCUGCUGCUGGUGUCGGCGGUGCCACAGCCGGCCGCUGCUCCGUCCACCAAGAGGACGGCGGCGAUGGCGGCGGCGGCGGCCGCCCGGGGGGCCGCAGCGGGCGUGGGCACGCCCGCGGGCGUGGCAUGGCAGCACGGACAUGCAGGCGUGCCGCCGCCGCUGCCGGUGUGGAGCCCAGAGCUGCUUGCGGGCGUGGCGGCGGCGCUGGCGGAGUGCUGCUUGGGGCCGCACCUGAGCGAGAUAGUCCGGGUGGCGGUGGCCGCCUGCGACGUCGCCCAGGCGGCGGACCUGCAGGGCCUGGCCUCCGCACUGGCCUGCGCCGUCACCGACUCGCUUGCCACCGAGCUGCACGUCGACUUCACGGUGCGCCUGGCGCUGGUGCCGCAGGCGCACACGCCCGCAGCCGCCGGCCUGGGCGCCAACAGCGGCGGCGGCGGCGCCGCUGCCGCGCAGUACGGCUUCAUGCUGACGGAGCAGCCCGCCGCCGCCGGCACGCCGCAGCCGGACGCACUGCUGGCGCCGGGGCGCGGCACCAACGCGCCUGGCGGCGGCGGGCCGCCGUCGCGCAACGCGCCGCGGUUCUCGUUGAACCAGAACGCGAUUGACAGAGUCAUGGGCAUCACAGGCCGGCCUAGCGGCGCCGCGUCGGGGCACUGGGACACCGGCGGCGGCGGCGGCGGCAGCUUCCUGUCCGGCGCCAAUGUUGGUGGCGGCGGCCACAUGAGCGGUAUGCACUCGUUCCAGCUGCCGGCGGCCUGGGGCGCGGGGCGCGGCGGCGUGGCGGAGGCACCGCCGAGGCUGUGGAAGGCCCGGCCCUUCUCCCUCGAGUCCACGCUGCUCAGCUCGCUGGCUACCAAGGCCGCGCGCGCGCCCGCCUCCAACUUGCUCGUCGCCAAUUACAGCAUCAACACCGGCGGCGCGGCAGCCACCGUGUGCCUGGACGAGGCCGCACCCACCGGCGCCGCCACGCCCUGCAACGCCGGCGCCACCACGCGGCUGCUGGUGCCGGUCGGCGGGCUGAGCAGCUUCGCCUCCGCCUCCGCGCUUGGCACCGGCGGCGGCGGCGGCGGCGGCGGCGCCGCCGCCGCCGCCGCCGGCAUCUGCCGCGUCGGCGGCACGGUGGUGCCGCACGUGCACGCAUUCGUACACGACACGGACCAGCCCAGUGGCGACGUGGUGCUGCUGUUCCGUACGGCGGGUGCGGCGGGCGGCGGCGCCACGUUGACCGGCGCAGGCACGGGCGUGCGCGGCGUGGGCGCGUCUGGCGGCGCAGCCGCCGGCGGCGUGGCCAGUGGCACGGUGGCGGCGCCGGCAUCACUGGUGCUGGUGGCGGGCUGUGUGGCGCUCAAUGCUGGCGACGGAGACGGGCUGUGCACGGCCGGCGGCGGCGGCCUGGGGCUUACGCCGCUGACUCCCAGCAGCCGCAAUGCGGCCACCGCUGGCGGUCGCUCGCGGCCUUCCACUGGCAGCGGCAUGGCUGGCGGCGGCGGCGGCGGCGGCGGCGGCUGGCCGUACUGGCCGGCGGCGUUUGGCGUGGGCUGCGCUGUAGACGGCGGCGGCGGCGGCGGCGGCGGCGAGAUCAGUGUGUGUGUGGCCGUGUACCUGACCUCCAGCGAGCGCCUGCCCACGUCGCUGCUGUGUGCGGCGCGGAACAACGCGCAAUCGCUGCUGGAGGUGCUGCUGCCCGCCACCGGCAUGGCUCUGUCCGACGCCGCCUACACCGAGCUCCAAUUCAUGCUGGAGGCUGUGGGUGGCGCAGCCGGCGCGGGCGUGCACAACGCACUGGCGUCGGCCUUCGCAGCCGCCGCCGCCGCGGCGGGCGGCGGCGGCGGCGCCGCCGGCCCGUUGGCUGGCCGCUCGCUGUCGCUGGCGUCGCGGCAGGGCGGCGGCGUGCGCCUGGCCAACAUCGGCGCGCUGCCGCCGGCGUCGCCGGGCUUCUCUACCGAGGAGCCUCUCACGAGCGGCACCGGCAACGGAAGUUCCGCCGCCGCCGCCGCCGCGGCGGCGGCGGCGCUGGGCGGCCGCGGCGAGGGCGUGGGCGUUUUGUCCGGCAACAUAUUGCCGGGCGGCAGCGGGACCGCCCAUGCGCUGGGGCUGGGGCUGGAUGGCGGCGGCACCUGCGACCUGUCGCCGCAGGCGUCGGUGCUGCCGGCGUCGCUGGCGCUGCGCAGCGGCGCCGACGGCGGCGGCGGCCAGCAGCAGUUGGCUGCCGUGGGCGCCGCCGGCGGUGGGGGCGCCGGUGGUGGCGCCUGGAGCACACUCAACGUCGCCACGCCCGCCGUCACCAGCCGCGGCGGGAACGCGGCGUCCGAGUCUUCGCCGCGCGUGCCGCGCAGCCGCCUCAGCAACACCAGCGCCCAACCACCACCGCUCACAGGCCUGGCAGCCAAUGCCAUGGGCGCCGCCGGCGGCGGUCACACCGGCGGCCCGGCGUCGCCGACCAUCACCACGGGUGGCAACGCCAUUGGCGGCAACGCCAACCUGAUGCUGUCCACCAACAACAGCCUUAUGGGGGCACUCAUCGGCACCUCCUCCGUCGGCGGCCGCAGCAACGGCGCCAACGCCAUCGCCGGCGGCGGCGACGCCGCCAUUGCGGCCGCCGCCGCCGCCACAGGCAGCGGCGCCGACGGCACCAUGUCGCCUGUUUCGGGCUCGAUUGGCGUCAGCGGCACGGGCCGCACGUCAGCCCUGCAGCAGAGCAUGAUGCAGAUGACCAUGUCAUUGCCGUCACACGUGCCGCCGCUGGGCUCCCCAGGGCUCGGCGGCGCCGGCGUCGUUGGCGGCGGCGGCGGCGGCGGCGGCGGCGGCGGCACGCUGCAGGUCCAGUCGUCGUGCCUUUCGGGGGCCAUGGCGGGGCGCCACAGCGGCCGAAUGAAUCGCGCGUGCCGGCGGCAGAUGUCGGACCUGCUGGCCACCAUGCCGUGUGACGUGAGCGACACGCUGACAGUGAUGCGCACCAACAUGGACAUCUUGGUGUCCUCAUUCUGGAACACGCUGAGGGCACAGCACAAUGAGGCCACGCCCAGCCCGCACGCGGACGAGGACCUUCGCUUCCUGCGCCUCAACAAGGUGCUGGGCGGCGGCGGCUGCAGCACCGUGUACGCCGGCCUGCUGCACGGACUGGAAGUGGCGGUCAAGGUGAUGAACGCGCCCAUGAGCGAGGAGGAGGAGGCGGAGCUGGCGGCCAGGGACGCAGCGGAGCGCGGCGGCGGCGCCGGCGGCGUGACGGACGGGGAACUGGCGGCGCCGUCGCCCGCGGCGCGGCAGGCGCAGCUGCGCGCGCUGAUGCGUGGCGCUCGCGAGCUGGCCGUGAUGACUUCCAUCAGCCACCCCAACAUCGUGCAGAUUUACAGCUACCACACGCGCGUCAUGGUCGGGCACGACGCGGCCGCCGCCGCCGCCGCCGCGGCUGCCACCGCCGCCGGCCACCAGCCGGAGGAGCCGGUGCUGCCGCUGCUGGCGCCGGCGCCGCCGGAGACAGACACGGCGCCGGCGCCGGCGGCGCCCCUGCAGACGGUGCUGAUCAUGGAAUGCUGUGACCUGGGCUCGUUGGCGGAUGCGCUGGACAGCGGCAUGUUUGCCAACGCCAUCCGCGCGGCGGAGGCGGCGCGCUGGCGUCCCGGCGCGCCGCGCCGCUCGCACACCUUCUCCCAGCUGCCCACUAUCCCCGCGCGCGGCAGCUUGGCGACGGCCGGAGGCGCCGGAGGCAUGGCGGCGGCGGCGGGCGGCAGCGGCAACAUGCCCGCUGCAGGAGGCGCCAGCGCAGCGGCGGCGGGCGGCGGGCGGCCGGUGCCGGGGUCGGGGUCGGGGCGCGCGGGUGUGGGCAGCGGCGGCAGCGGCGGCGGCAUGCGGGCUGUGUACAUGACGCUGCUGGAGGUGGCGCUGGCGCUGCGGCACAUGCACUCCAUGCAGCUGGUGCACUGCGACGUCAAGCCCGCCAACGUGCUGCUCAAGAGCUCUGCGAGCGACCCCCGCGGCUUCACCUGCAAACUGACGGACUUUGGCUUUGUGAACCUGCUCCAGUUCCAGAUGGAGGACGCGGACAACCCCGCCGCCAAGCCCUCCAUGCGCUACCACGAGCCGGUGGGCACCGUCACACACCUGGCGCCCGAGACCAUGGUGCAGGGCUCCAAGCUAGACCACACGGUGGACGUGUACGCCUUCGGCAUCCUCAUGUGGGAGGUGUUCACCGGCAAGGCGCCCUAUGCCGAGUACGCGGCCAACGGCUUCCGGGACGUGCCGUACAAGGUGGUUCGGGAGGGCAUGCGGCCGGCCUUCCCGUCCGCCACCCCGGUCGCCUUCAGGACGCUGGCUCAGGCCUGCUGGUCACACGACCCUGCGCGCCGCCCCUCCGCCGCCAUGCUGGUGGCCUCACUGCAGCGGCUCAUGGACAGCGCGGCGCGCGGGUGAGAUAGAGGCAGCCGCAGCAGCCGCAGCAGCUGCAGCGCCCAAGGGCAGCGCCCCCAAUACCAGCAGCAGCCCCCAGCAACAGCAGCAGCCGCGGGAGCUGCAGUAGCAGUAGCAGUACCAGCAGCAGCAGCAGCAGACGUGGGCGGCGGGGCCACGUGGCGGCAGAUUGGCGGCAGAUUGGCGGCAGCCGGCUAGGGGGGCGGCUGGCGGCCGCAGCCGCGGCAGUGGGCAGGCGCAGGGGGGAGGCGACGAGGGGGGGGGCAGGCGCAAGGGGGCACACGGCGAGCAGCGUGCAGGCCAGAGAGGGGGGGGGGGUCCCGUGAGAGGGCAUCCGGCGCCAGAGCCGUUGGCGCCAGCAGCAAAGUAUGUGGGACUACUGCCCUACGGCGUCGUCAUGGCGAGUACGCGGGCGCAUUUCGCCAGGUCACUGCUAACCCGCAUGUGUGAAUUUCUACUUUUUUAACACAUGCGCAUGUUACGCACCAAUGAUUGGGGCGGGUCCAGGCGAUACUGGGGGGUCCGGCACGCGGCUCGUUUCGGCUACAUCAUGCUUUAAAGACCCCUAAGAUUUGAUGGCGGCAACGCACCUGCUGAACAGAAUCUGAUGCUGGCAUGCAUAGCUGGUUGCCGCAACGAAUGUGUAGCUAGCUUCCAUUGAUUGUUUUGAUGAACUAUGAGACCCUGACCCGCAAAGAGCGGCAUGGCGACAUGACAGACAGGUUGGGGCAUUAUGUCUACUGGUCAAGAACAAAUGAUUCGAUCACUGCAAACGUCAUGCGCGUGCAUUCGGCGUCUGGCUCGUGCCUGUGUUUGUGUGCGUUUGUUUUCCAGGGGCCAAGAGGGGGUGCAAACAGGCAUGCGGCAUUGUGCACGUCAAUCGGAGCGCUGUUGGCCUAUGCUUGGGUUGUUAGGCGGUUGACCCGCUCCUGGAUUUGAGCGCUCAUGUAUGGCACAUGCUUUGUUGUUUCGGAUGAACAUCCGCUGCUGGUUUUGAGUUGCAAGGCGCGGAUAAAAGUUGACACGCGGUCCGCCGCAUGACGUCAUCACAACUUGGGGAAUGGAGGGGGGGGCUUAGGGUUGAUAGGUACGCGCCUGGUGGCCGUUACUUGAGUACUUGGUGGGGGUCCUGGAGCGGUGGAGGCUCGUGCGCAUGCCUAGCUACCUUCGCACCACGAACCUACGAGGGCGGGCGGCAGGUUCAUCAGGGGCAGGGGCAGGGGUCACAUGUACAUGAGGAAGACGGUGAGUAGUUAUUACGCAGCGAACGGGAUGGGCAGUGCGGGUGUCGGUCACCCAUUUCAUGACGCAUAUGGUCAUACGCCCUGUCAACGGCGGGCAGCGUGGGCGCGUUAUGCCGCAGUUGGGCACGAGCACCUGCAGUUAGGCGCGGUGCUGGCGAUGGGGACCCGAAGAUGCAAAGACCGGACUUAUGGAUUUGGGCAAGCAGUUUCUGCGGCACCUCCGAGAUACUCUGCAAUGGCAGAAGGUUGCUGUUUAGGUAUGCAUAUGCGGGGGUUGAGGACGUUUCAGGUACGGAGUUGCAAGCAAGUGGAUGAAGGGGCUAGUUUCGAUAUUUGUAGCAGGGGACACAUGGCCAGCCGGGUCCCCAUAGCUCGUGCGGGCAGGGGAAUUGGUUAAGCGCCAUAAUCUCGCAUGCUGAACUGGGCCGUACUGCAGACUACUGCAGGCUAUGCGACACUCCAGUUGUACAUGGAAACUGAAGGGUUACUAACGAAUGGAUCUUGCUGAACAUGUGCAAUGUCGUCGCGAGGCAGGUAUCGUUGUUUGUUGGAGAGGCCACAUUUUGACGGUCCAGGGUGAUUGAGGUAGCAUCACCUCAAGGCCAAACCUUGUGCAGCUGGGUACAUACCUGGCAUGCGGGGCUGCAGAAGUCACGUCAAAGUUUAAUGAUUUGUCUGGAAGAUUUGCCGAAUGCGUCCGGCUGCGGGUGUGGGCAGCGUCGGCCGAACCUUCAUACGUUAGUGGUUUGCAGUCUUGGUGGCAUUGUAUAAGGGGGAAACCGGAAGCGCGUGCCCGGAACGCGUGUGUGGUGUGUGGGCAGCCCUUUCGUAUCGUGCAUCAGGGUGGAUGGACCGCACUCGGUCGGCGUCAUAGUGUAGCACCGCCGGCAGGGACGUGCAUGCAAGGACAUACGAGCUGGCUUGCUUGAUAAUCGGUUGACAAGGAGGUGGCAGGUGGAUGGGGUGUUUGAUAAAGCCCUGCAUUAGAGUUGAUAGCAAUGCGCAGACGUAGAGGUGAUUUGCAAGAUGGCAUGGCAACAGCAAAUGUCAACGUGCGGGCUGCAUGGGUGCAUGUGGAGCCCACAAGACUUACGCUGUCAGGUCGCUAGGGCCUUGCAUGCACUCGAAGAAACGAGCACCGCAACUGGCAGCAUACCGUAAGCACAGGCGCGUUGAGGGGAGUUGAGAAGAGGUUGAGGGCUGCUGAGGGAGGUUUUGAGCUGAGCCCCCGGGGCGGCAGAGCGACAUCCUGGGGGCGAAAGUCCCCAGCGUUACCUUGGUCCGUGUGUACGUUCGAGCGUGUGGCAUGCGAUUGUCCGCGUGAACAUCAAGACUAGUGCAGACCACGAGCGCCUGUAAGGCUUCUGGGAUUAGCUGACGCGCGGUGAGCGUUUGACUGCAAAUUGGAUUUAAGGAAAUGGGCCGGAACAUAGAACAACACGGCAGUAGUGGGGGCCGAGUGGCGCACGGAGCUAUAUUUGCCGUAAGACAUUCAAGCCCUUGCGACAGGGCAUUGGAAGCUACGGCAACUAACGGGUGCUAGGGUAUUUGCGCCAUUGGCCUUUGGGCGGCGGUGAUUAUGUGGCUUUACCUGUGCGUGGCAGAGUGGUAGCAGACUUGCAGGGCCUAACAGAGCAGUGCGCGGGUACUUGCAAGGGCACUUGUAAUUUCCGGAACGC